UAGAAAAUUCCCAACAAGUCAGGGGGAUGAGACGUUCAAGCACGUCCACCCUUCUACCAGUAGAGUUCUAAAAGAGCGCACACCACACAGCUUAGCUGCUGGAGGCAAGUAUUUUUACAGUAGCAGUUCUUAAACACUUGGAUCCACAGGUCACAAUAAACCCUUAAACUUUCUUGCAGAUCUCCACAAUAGCCACGGGAGUGAACAAACAUGUGCAAAUAACUGCAUAUUAUCACUUCAAAGGGUUACACGUGGAUCACAGUCUGGGCACUGCUGCUCCACAGGAAGGGAAGCCAAAAACCUUUACAGUGGGAAAUGGUUACAGUGGCCAGGGUUUCAGGCUUCCUUGCUCUCGUGUGGAGAAGACAGCAUAUAGCACAGACCCAAACACCUUGCCAGGAAAGCUGGCACAAACGGUGCUCUACUAUGAAACUCAAACUGCAUGGAGACAACUUCCAAACUUAUUCCCACUAGUUCCCUUGAUCCCCCAUCAAAAAUAGUCUUCAGACGUCUAGGAAAGGGGAACACACUGCACGUUCUGGAUGUCGUGCUCCAUCCCCAGGUAGCACACCAACAACGCUACCUCUCCUCUGCAGCCCAACAGCAGCAACCAGGCAAUACCAUGAUCCCAAGCAAAUUUAAAUUUGGAGAAAUCCACCAAUGACUAUGAGGCUAAGAGAUUUCUAGCUGCAUGCUGCGCUGGAUACGCAAUCGCACUUGCAAAAUGCUGGCGAGGUCCCAUACUACAGUCCAGCUACAUUGUGGUACAGCAGGUUGAACACAUCCUCUGGCCGAUUUCUGUUAUUGCUACAGCAAUAUCUCAUUAUCAUCUGUUGAGACUUUUGAAGAAGAGGGAAGGAACAACCAUCAGUGCAGGGCAGAUUUAAGCGUUCUUAGGCCUAAAGCCCCAAUCUCCAAAUCACAGCUCCCUAGUGUUUCUGCAGGUAUGCGCCAAGGACACGUUAUAUCCUAAGCACAGCGGCACUCCACAAAGGAAAACAAAAAAAAGUUAAUUACUUCCAUGACCUUACAUCAACUCUAAAUGCUAAAACUGUCAAUACACAGUUGGCUUCUUGCUAAGUACAGACAGGAACUAGCCUUGUAGAAAACGCGAUGUUGCUGGGUAGCCCCAGCAACACAAUGCUGCCAGUUGUAUCCAUAACACCCUCUGAGGAACAAUUUCCGUCCCAGGUGGCAGAGCCCUUAUAAGAGAGGAUGCUUCAGAGCUGAAACUCCACUGGCUGGUUUGUAGUUAAUGGCACAGCAGCAGUUCAGAAUUAACUGUACACAAGCAACACUCCCAGUGUUUCCAGUUCUUCUAACCAGGCUAAAAUAACGAAAGCCUUUGGGAUCUUAAUUACAUGCAAGAGGAGGCACAAUCUCUCUCUUCGGCUGUAGUAACAGGAUCCCAGUGAAAGAAGCAGUCUUACUAACCAGAAAGGGCUUUUCUGUCGCACAGGUUGCAAGGUGAGGGGUUUUCUAAUUAAAAGCUGGCAAUCUUCUGUGCAAACAACCUUUCCCCACAGUUGCAAAUUAGUUCCUCUCUAUCCAAAGCUCUCUGAAACAGUUAACUUCUGGCUGUGAGACCAUCCUGUCUCUCUGCCUGCUCAACAAUAGAUCCAGCUAAACAAAUGCCUCCUAAUUGACUUUGAGCAACACUUGAUUGCUUUUACAAAAAACAAAAGAGGGGAAAACAUUGGGGUUUAUGAAAUAAUGCCUAAUCCUGGAGCAAGAGAAGGGGGCUGGGUUGGAGCACUGGUGUCAAACAGAGAUGCAAUCUCAGCUGAAAGAGCCCCAAGACACAUGGGCCAAGUCAUUCAUCCCUCCCCAACUGCCCUCAUUUCCACACCUGCUGAUCUAAGCCAAACCCCUGCUAAAAUCUAAACAAUUGGGGCCGCUGGCAAACAAAAAUUGGAGCAUUGUCUUCCCCAUGAGGGCUCUGAAAGGGCUGCACUUAAUGAGGAUGGACUGACAGAGAGGUGGCUCCUGGGCUAUAAAAGGCUUCCCACAGGCAGGAGCGGCUCAGUCUGGGGUGUGCUGCCAGUUCAUCUGCUACCGGCUCGCUCCGAGCAUGGUCACGGCCCACCGCAGGCAUCCCUCAAGGCCGGGCAGCCCAUGGCUGCUGACUCUGCUGGUGUGUCUGCUGCUCGGGGGCUCUCCGGGCGCCCGGGCGAGCUACCUGAGGAGAUCCUCCAGCUGCACGGCCAUCCCCAACACCAUGGCCUUGUGCUACGACAUCGGUUACUCCGAGAUGAGGAUUCCCAACCUGCUGGAGCACGAGACCAUGCCAGAAGUGAUCCAGCAAUCCUCCAGCUGGCUGCCCUUGCUGGCCAGAGAGUGUCAUCCGGACGCUAGGAUUUUCCUCUGCUCCCUCUUUGCACCAAUCUGCUUGGACAGGUAAGAUAUUUUUGCAAGUUAUUUCAGCUGUAGCAAGGAACACUUCCCCACAGUGCAAUUGCAUUUGUCCCCUGAGAGAAACUGUGCGAAAUCAGAUCAUUGCAGUCAUUUAGCAGCAGUCCUGCCCCAGUCAGUGAGGGGAAAUGGGAUUACUCAGCAGGGAUCUUCCCUCUGAAAGCAAAACGUGAACAUUUCUGAAGGGGAAACAGAAAUCCUGUCAGAUUACCAAAAUAGCCUUUUUGGUUUCUCAAAUCAGAAUACAUCAUGUAUAAACAUAUUCAUGUUACCAACUCUCUUGGAAAAAGCUUUUCCACUGACUGACCAUGCUGGUCUUCAUCUCAUACGCUCACGCUUCUCUUGCGCACAAACUCAGCUGGCCUCUCUUCCGCCUUGCGCACAACGCAGGUACGCUUCUACCUGCUUGCAGGGUUGUUUCAUUUUGCAGGAGCAGCAACAUCACAUUCCCCCGCGGGAUUUCCCUGGUUUCCCAUCUCAGACAUUGCUCCCUUUUGCUCCCGCGCACUCCUCUCACACAACACGUGCGCUCCCCGGGAGCUGCGGGCUGCAGUCCCACAGCCUCACUGCCAGCCUCCCGCCUGCACAGCCCCACACACCUCCCUCACCACUCCCUCUGCCCGGCCGCGCGCAGGCUUUCUCAAUCUGAAAGUGACUGCAGCAGACGCAAAUCCGCAUUUUUGUGGCGUAGGCAUCCAGCUACAGAACUGUUAAGGAAAUCAGGUAUCUAAUUGGGCAGCUGCAAAAACAAGCAGCCCGCGGUCGCACAAAUACAGAACAUCCCUGGGGGGAGGAAGGGCUUCUGGCAGCAGCCUAUACCAAAAAGCCUGCUCCCUUCUCACUCCCAUCCUUAGAAAUUGCUUGGUGCCUGGACUUAAAUGUUCAAAAUACAUCAAACAUCCCAUAGCUCUACUAGUGCUGCAGCGCACACCGCAACCCUUUGAGGCAGGUAGCAAGGUGACAGAGCUCAACCCGCAGCCUGCUGUAAG